AUGGCGGCGGUCAGUCAGGCUGCUGGUAGCAGGGUUCUGGAAAAGUGUGGUCUGGAGCAGAUUUUGGAGGCGUUGAAGCUGCUGCUGAGCCCGGGAGAAGGAUCAGGCUCAAAUUCACUGCAGAUCACGAAACAUGACAUCCUGUUGGCUACUUUAAAAUCUAACCUGUCUGCUUUGGAGGACAAGUUCCUGAAAGAUCCUCACUGGAAGAUACUGAAACUCCUACGGGAUGAAAUUGCUCAUGAGACAGAAUGGCCGCAAGACUCUGUGGAUGUCACCUGGCGUUUUACCUCCCAGACCUUACUGCUGCUGCUGUGCUUGAAGGAAACCAUGCUCCACCUGGCAGCUGAUUUCAGUCCAGGUGAACCCAACCCGAAGACUCCAGAAACUGCUCCUGCCCUGAGCCCAGAUACACUUAGCGUCUCCCAGCAAAAGACUGUCCAGUCGGUUUUGCAGUUUGUAGUGACCUUGGGUGUCUGCCCCUAUCUCGCGCCCGGCGUUGGAGUCCCUCUGAGAUUCAGGACUGAGUUUGGGGCCGUCGUUCAGGAUGUGGUGUGUCUCAGUACUGCUCCCAGCGCAACCCGGAGGCUGUACACAAGCUGCAGGGCCCUCAUCAGUGUUGCUCAGCACGCGUCUCUGGGGAGCCUGGUUUUCUGCCGCCAUUUGGGGGAUAUCGCAGCAGGUCUGUGCCAGCUGGGGUUCUGCCCAAGCAAGAGAUCAUCGCUGAGUCCUGAGGAAGAGGUGUUAACUGAAGAAGAAAGAGCCCUAUCAAGGAAGGCCCUAAGAGACAUCUUGGAUCAAGUGUAUCAGCCAUUAGCAGUCCGAGAAUUACUUAUCCUCCAGGGAGGACCGCCCCAGUCCUGCUCAGAAGGGAAGAUGCAAGUGAGGUGUCGGGCCCCAGCAUGGCUCCGGCGUCUGUGUGGGCAGCUCCUCUCUGAAAGGUUGAUGAGACCCAGCGGUGUUCAGGCAGUAGUCCGGGGCAUUUUGGAAGGAGCAGGUGCUGGGGCGGCUGGAGGGAGUGAUGCUGAGGCCACAGCUGCGGACUGGAAGAAGUGUGACUUGAUUGCAAAGAUUUUAGCCUCUUGUCCUCAGCAGUCUCUUUCACCAGAGGAUUAUUAUAGAGAUAUCUGCCCCCAGAUUUUGGAUUUAUUUCACUUUCAAGAUAAAUUGGCAGCACGACAAUUUCAGAGAGUUGCCACCACAACCUUUUUAACUAUGUCAAGAGAACAGCCACAACUGGCAGCCAAGUACUUACUUCAGCCCGUGUUAGCUCCUCUUCAUCGAUGUUUAAAUACAGCAGAGAUUCCAGAGAGUGAUAUGGUGCCAGGGACCAUUUUGGUGACAGAAGAACAACUUAGUAGAUGUAUUGAGGAUAUAUAUAAGGUGUAUGUGGUCGGGAAUGAACCUUUACCAGUGUUGGUGGAUUCUCUGCUUCCUGUCCUGGGAGUUCUCUUCUCUCUCUACUGUUUUACCAAGCAGAGCGUGUCUCAUAUAAGGUCACUUUGCCAAGAGAUCUUAUUAUGGAUUCUGGGGAGACUGGAGAGAAACAAGGCAGUUGUUAGCCUGAAAGGAUUUGCAGGGUUGGACAAAUCUGUGCCCUCUCUCCAUUCUCUGUGCCACUUUAGAGCUGCCCCUCAGGGCGGCAUUAUGAUCACCAUCAAGGAGGCCAUGUGUGAUGAAGAUGAAGAUGAAGCCCUGUACCAAAAGGUGUCUUCAGAGCAGUGCCGAGUGGAGCACCUUGGGGGCUUGCUGUCCCAUUGCCAGGAAUGUGGUUUAGCAGGUGACUUCUUCAUCUUCUGCUUGAAGGAGUUAACUCACAUGGCUGUGGAAAAUGAAACAGAGUUUAAAAUGAAGUCUUUCUCCAACAAAAGCCUUUUGGAAUUAGAGCAGCACCAGACUCUUCUGGUGGAAGGUCAGGAGCGGAAGCUGCUGGUUCUCCAACUGGUGGCUCUUCUGUGUGAGAGAAUGUCUGAGCAGAUAUUCACCAACAUCACUCAGGUUGUGGACUUUGUAGCAGCAACCCUGCAGCGAGCAUGUGCAAGCUUGGCCCACCAGGCAGAGAGCACUGUGGAGUCACAGACACUGAGCAUGUCCAUGGGGCUGGUGGCCGUCAUGCUGGGAGGAGCCGUUCAGUUGAAGUCAAGUGAUUUUGCUGUCCUGAAGCAAUUGCUGCCUCUGUUGGAGAAGGUCUCCAGCACAUACCCUGACCCUGUCAUCCAGGAACUUGCUGCUGAUCUCCGCAUUACCAUCUCUACUCAUGGAGCCUUUUCCACUGAGACUGUCAGUGUGGCCGCCCAGAGUACCCUAAACCAAAAGGAUCCAGAAGGUAAAAGGGAAGAGCAGCAACAAACCAGUUAUGAAAGAUACAGUGAUGUGUCUCAUGGCCACCUUGAACCACAGCAAAGCCAUGUUGCUUCUCAUGAAGUCUGUGAGCCCAGCACCACUGCAAAGCAAAAAUCAGGAAGUGUAACCACGGAAGAGCUCCAGGAAGCUCUUUUAUCAGCUUAUGAUCCUCAAAUUCCAACACGGGCUGCUGCCCUGCGAACUCUGUCUCGCUGGAUAGAGCAGAGAGAAGCAAAAAUCCUUGGUAUGCAGGAGAAGCUUCUCAAGAUAUUCUUGGAGAACUUGGAGCAUGAAGACACCUUUGUAUAUCUGUCUGCUAUUCAGGGGGUUGCCCUUCUCUCAGAUGUGUACCCUGAGAAAAUCUUGCCUGGCCUGCUGGCUCAGUAUGACAGCAGUAAAGACAGGCACACACCGGAGACCAGAAUGAAAGUGGGGGAAAUCCUGAUGCGAAUCGUCAGGGCAUUAGGGGACAUGGUCUCAAAGUACCGAGAACCUUUAAUCCACACCUUCCUCAGAGGAGCAAGAGAUCCGGAUAGUGCUCACAGGGCCAGCAGCCUGUCCAACCUUGGAGAGCUGUGCCAGAGGCUGCACUUCAUGCUGGGCUCCGUGGUUCACGAGGUAACAGCUUGUCUGAUUGCUGUGGCGAAAACAGACCAUGAAGUUCAAGUGCGGAGAGCUGCCAUCCACGUGAUUGUGCUGCUGCUUCGGGGACUCAGCCAGAAGGCCACUGAAGUGCUGAGGGACGUCCUCAAGGAUCUCUACCACCUGCUGAAGCACGUGGUGUGUUUGGAGCCCGAUGACGUGGCCAGGCUUCAUGCCCAGCUGGCCCUGGAAGAGCUGGAUGAGAUCAUGAGAAACUUCCUGUUUCCGCCACUGAAGCUGGAGAAAAAGAUCACAGUCUUGCCAUAGACCAGCCUUGAAGGACUCGGAGGAGGCAGAGGGACCAAGCAUCCUGAGCAGUGUCCUGGCCUCCCAGCAGGUGGCUCCACUGCCCCUUUGGAGCUGGCAAUAUGGCUGCCCCUGAAGGUGGCUUUCUGUCUCUGGUCACGUGUGUCUUCAGGCAGACCUUCCUGUAUCAUCUAUUUAGUCACACUGCAUCCAGCCUAAAGUGUGUACUGAUGGAAGAGAUUACAGGUCUCAUUGAUCUGAACAUUUUUCACUGUCCCGUAGCAUUCAGAGAAGGACAUCUACCUGAUGGAAGUAUAUGUUUAACACAACCGAUGGAGUUUGGUUAAUUAACCAUUCUCUUACGACUUCAGUAUAGAAGAGGUUGACCACUCACCUAUCACAUACAUACCUGAUAUUCUUACCUGCUGAUGGUCCCUUUUGUGAUGAGGAGCAGCCAGGGCUUGUCAUCCUUGGCUGCUCAGGAGGCAUUUCAGAGGAUGGAAAUGCAGUUGGUGGUAGGGAGGGAAAGGAAUUUGUUACCAAAACGUGCAAAAAUGGAAUAAAAUAAACUCAGCU